CCAAGACCCAGUCUGCAUAUCAGUUGCUGAACACUCCUCAAGCUGAUGGAUCACAUCAGUGUUUUACCAGCCCCAACACUUAUGAUGCUGGUAGAUCACAUAUUUACACAGAAGACCUUGCUAACCUUACAACAGUUAUCAAGUCGGAUAAAUACAUCCUAGAAAAAUCAAACACGGCCCCUUCUCAUUGGGAUGGAGCAGGGUCAUCAGACUGGAGAAAUCCAAAAAGAGCCAGGGGCCAGAAAGGGAACCACAAGUUGAACUCCAAGAAAGUCCAGUUUUCAGAUGAGGUCACUGAUAAUGGUGGAGAUUCUUUGCUGCCAGAGGGUCAUGCUGUCGGGGAAGAUGGG